CGUAUAGUUCAGUUUUUAAGUUCGGCUCGUUAGGACAACAACUCAGUUCAGUUUUAUAUUCAACAAUUUUAGAUUUAUUUUUGGAAAAAAGUUACAAAACCAAACAAAACAACAAAAAAUAGAAAAUCAAAAAAACAAACAAAUUCGGCAAUUCCAACAUUUCAAAAUGUUUUCGAAAAAGUUUUUGGCAAUGAAACGUCUUUUGGCCGUUGAACUAGGGUGUGGCAUAGAUACGCGUGGAAUAUCUGAGUUUCGAUUCCGUGAUACAAGAUAUUGGCCGGGUGAUGACCUUCAGAAUCGAAACUACAGGCGGAUUUGGUUCAACCAGCACAAACCAGCACCGGGCGAGAUGUCGGAGGGGCCAACCCACCGCCUCGACGAUACCAUGUACAAUCCCAGACGAUGGAGGGAGCGCGAGUACCAGUCCACAUGGCGGGAAUCCAGUAUGUUGGAGGACGAACUGCAGUUGGAGGAUGAGGCGGAGACAGCGAAACCUCGCUAUCAGAAACCAGUGGCAAAGAGUCACGGUACGACGUCUCGGCGUAACUUUGAUGCCAAGAGGCGACUCCAGAGGGUUGCCAUACCGGCGGGCGAGUUCUUCUCGAGGUUCAUCUCCGAUCAGCAGAAGCGCAAGAUGCGCCACUACGAGGCUGGUGUGGUUGCCGAACGCUUGUCAAACGAAGAGUUCCAAUUAGAUUAAUUAGUGAAGAUCGGUUGUCCAGUUCGUAGUAUAACAAGAAAGCAAAACAACUAAAACGAAGAGAUCCAACUUAA